AGACCCACGCCCACCUUCUCUGCCAGGCGCUCGGGAGUCAAGGAUGUUUCCGCAGCCGCAGUGUAGGAAGGGGACUCCUGCCUCCCAGGGGGAGACGUGUGUGUGGGGUAGAGGGGAGUCCCCAGCGCCCGGCGAGUAAACAGGGGUCCAAAGUGGUUGGAUGAGAGCGCAGGAGCGGAGGCUGCGGUGGGAGCCACUUUCUCCCGCCCCUCCACAAAUCGCACCUGGGCGGAGCGAGGGAGUGGGGGGAGCCCUGUGCUGCGCCUGGGAGGCUGGGGAGCACAGAGCUGGAGGGCGCGCAGGGUAACGCAGAGCUAGGAGGUGUGGGCCUCGGGCGAGGGGAGACCCAGCUCUUAGACCUGGGAGCCCAGGCAGAGGUGGAUCUGCCCACCUUGCAGUUUCCAGGUAGAUCCUUCUGGUGGUUCCAGAUGCUCUGGUAAAUGCAGGAAGGGGAGGUUCUUUUCUCCUGUGCACCCCAGCAAUCUGGAGUGCAAGACCGUUUGCGGGAGGGGGCUUAGUCAGCUGUUUCGAAGAGGCAGCCUCGCCUCCCUUUUAUCCACCUAGCCCCCUAUUUCCGGGUGGGGGCACAGUGACUACCAAGGACAGCAAGCUCCUCACUUAACCCUUCUCUCCCUGAGGAGGUGCAUGCUCCUCUCCCAGAGGUGCCUUUGGCUGAGAGUGGAUCCCUGGUUCCUAGUAGCCCUAUAGGGAAACAUUUGGUUGGGUGGGUUUGGAACCCUGUACAACCUUUAGGUCCUCCCUGUUCAGGCCUUCCACGUGCAGGCUUUUCUUACUUUCUCCGCGGGUGCCCUACAGAGGACUCCUGCUCCUUUGUACCAGUUGGGAAAAAGCAAAAUUCAGAGCAGUUCCUCUUUCUGGGUCCCUCGCCUUGGCCACAUCGAAGGAAACGUCGACUCGCCAGGGCUCCCGGGAGAAAUCCCGAGGUCAGUCCCUCCCAUUCCGGGGCACCCCUGGAGUAGGUAGCUCCCUGCCUUAGCGGUGGCAAACUCCAGAGCCCCAAGGAGCAGAACGGGGAUUCCCUGCGCUCAGGCUCCUGGUGCAGUUCCUGAGCACAAAGGCCACACCCUCACAGGCCAGGCCUGGUGAGAGAGCCGGGCUUCUUCACAAGCACCUGGAUACCUGAGGUGCCCAAGCAAGGACAGAAAUAAUGAAGAGACACAUGUGUUAGCUGCAGCCUUUUGAACCACGCAAGAAGGAGAUCAAUAGUGUGGACAGGGCUGGAACCAUUACCACACUUGUUGGAGUAAAUGAGGAAUGGGCUCGUGAUUAUGCUGACAUUCCAGCAUGAAUCUGGUAGACCUGUGGUUAACCCGUUCCCUCUCCAUGUGUCUCCUCCUACAAAGUUUUGUUCUUAUGAUACUGUGCUUUCAUUCUGCCAGUAUGUGUCCCAAGGGCUGUCUUUGUUCUUCCUCUGGGGGUUUAAAUGUCACCUGUAGCAAUGCAAAUCUCAAGGAAAUACCUAGAGAUCUUCCUCCUGAAACAGUCUUACUGUAUCUGGACUCCAAUCAGAUCACAUCUAUUCCCAAUGAAAUUUUUAAGGACCUCCAUCAACUGAGAGUUCUCAACCUGUCCAAAAAUGGCAUUGAGUUUAUCGAUGAGCAUGCCUUCAAAGGAGUGGCUGAAACCUUGCAGACUCUGGACUUGUCCGACAAUCGGAUUCAAAGUGUGCACAAAAAUGCCUUCAAUAACCUGAAGGCCAGGGCCAGAAUUGCCAACAACCCCUGGCACUGCGACUGUACUCUACAGCAAGUUCUGAGGAGCAUGGCAUCCAAUCAUGAGACAGCCCACAAUGUGAUAUGUAAAACGUCUGUGUUGGAUGAACAUGCUGGCAGACCAUUCCUCAAUGCUGCCAACGAUGCUGACCUUUGUAACCUCCCUAAAAAAACUACCGAUUAUGCCAUGCUGGUCACCAUGUUUGGCUGGUUCACCAUGGUGAUCUCAUACGUGGUAUAUUAUGUGAGGCAAAAUCAGGAGGAUGCCCGGAGACACCUCGAAUACUUGAAAUCCCUGCCAAGCAGGCAAAAGAAAGCAGAUGAACCUGAUGAUAUUAGCACUGUGGUAUAGUGUCCAAACUGACUGGCAUUGAGAAAGAAAGUAGUUUGCGAUUGCAGUAGAAAUAAGUGGUUUACUUCUCCCAUCCAUUGUAAACAUUUAAAACUUUGUAUUUCAAUUUCUUUUGAAUUAUGCCACUGCUGAACUUUUAACAAACACUACAACAAAACAAAUAAUUUUAGUUUAGGUGAUCCACCCCUUAACUGUACCCCCGGUGGUAUAUUUCUGAGUAAGCUACUAUCUGAACAUUAGUUAGAUCCAUCUCACUAUUUAAUAAUGAAAUUUAUUUUUUUAAUUUAAAACCAAAUAAAAGCUUAACUUUGAACCAUGGAAAACAGAGUGACUUAUUGGUCAAGAAAACAGUAUAGUCAUUCUACUUGCUCUAAAGAAAAACAGACAACCUUUAUGAACUCAAAGAACUAUCACAAUGAAAAAAUGUGUUAUUAAGCCCUACUGUACACUGGGGAGCCAUAGCUGAAUUAUUGGCUGAGUUAAGUAUCUGUCAGACUCUAAAAUACUGAACUUUACUAGGUGGUUAUAUACAAGUGUGGCAUCCUUUAGAGGCUUAAGUCAGGAUGCCUUUUGGCAUUUACUCUUCAAAAAUAGAUUUAAUUAGCUAUUGAAUCCAAAUACUUAUUAUACCUUUGUGCUAUGCUGGACAAAAUGGAAAAGAAAAAGACAGCACAUAGCCUGUCCUCAAGACUACUUUCUGGUGGACUGGGGCAUGUUUGGCAAAUGUAGAAAUGGUUAUGCUAGGGAGGAAGGUCCUUGUAAUCAUGUAGCAUCAACUGGGUGCAAGCACUGUGAGAGGCAUUUUUAUGUUAUUAUUGUGUCUUUAAACUCUCCCAACAAGAGAAGAAAGUGACAACUGCUCUAUUUACAUAGGAAAAAACUUCAAGUAAGAGAGGUUCAUUGAUUUACCAGAUAGAAAGUCUUAGAACUUAAAUUUGAAUCAAAUCUUUCUGUCUCCAAAGACAGGUCUUCACAUUAAAUUCCUACGGAGUUGGUUUAUAGUUAUAAUUUUCUUAGAUUAGGUACACAGUUCUAUGAGUUUUAAAAAAAUAUAUACUCCUGGGCAUCUGCCAUACAAUCAAGAUAUUGUGUCCUUGUCAUUGGCCAGAGAUAGGAAAAAGCACAUUUGGUUCUUGGAAGUAGGGAAUUGUGUGGAAGUUAUUGGUUUUAAGGUACCAUUACAGAUAAUCCUUAAAACUUGGGUGGGAUCUCAUAAGAUGAUGAUGUAGACAAGGAAGAUAGAAGAAGCAGAGGGAGCAGAGGGAUAUCAUAUAGGGAGGUGUUUGGGAUGAAGGAGUCUGUGCAAAGAAGUGAGAAACAAGGCUGGAACUAUAUAGUAGAGAUCUCAGUUCCAGACUAAGGAAUAGUAGAACUGAUGGCAUUUAUGGAACACUUACUAUGCAACAAGUACUUUCUUUGGAGUAUCUUAAUGAAUCCUUACAAACUCCCCUGUGAGAUAGUCUUUUGUGAAUGAGAGUCAGAGACACAGGAGUUAAGUAAUUAAUACAGAGUUUGUAAGAAUAGCAGGCAUUGAAACCCAGUCUGCCAACUCCAGAAGCUAUGAACCAUUUAUCCACUGUGCUGCCUUAUGCUCAUCAACUUUCCUACCUAAAGUUGCUGAUUCCUCAGACCUAUAGUUCUGCAGUCUCCUAUGUGAUGGUUUUAUUUUUUUAAUACCACAAAAAUAGCCCUUUGUGAGAUUUAUGUAGGGAAGAGGGAACCUCUGCCAUUUUGAGACACUUAGCCUUCUCCAAGCCAAGUUAGGGUAUCUUUGGGCAUAAUAUUUCUGCUCUCAGAAAGCCCUAGAGGUCCUAGGUAGCAAUAGUAUCUUUAAAUGUUUAUUUAUUGUAAGGGACAAUCAGGGUCAGCUAAUCCAGGACCUGUGGCGAGGCUGCAGAGUACUGUGGCCAGGCUCUGCUCAUAGUACACACCCCAGGGCCAUGAGCUUUUCACCUCAACCCCACCAGACUUGCUAAAAGUGUUAUAUCUAGUCUAGAAACCUGGGGUAACUCCUCGAUGUAAAAUUCAGGAUAUAGGCCUGAGAAUUCCUGCAUCCCAGCAAGAAGGAAGCCAGAAUAUCUGCUUUUACUAACUGAACUGAGAAUUCACCUUCCCAGUGAGACUGAAGCUUUGUUGAAGAUUUAUCGCCCCCUGGAGGGCAAUACUAUAAUAUAUCUCUGCAGGUACUCCUGUAAAAGAUACCCAACUGAACUGAAAUACACAUAUUUUUUCCUAUAGAAUAGGAAAAUCAAGCCUUUGCUAAGACAACCCUUUAAAAAAGUAAAUUAACUGUAUUUAUUUGAGUGUAUGAGUCGCAUUCAUUUUAGAAAAGCUUUCACAAAUCAGAUAAUCCAUUCCAGGCUGCUUCUUCCAAAAUAAUCUUUGUGUCCUCACUAAUGAGAGCUUAUUUUCCCAAUGGUCUAUUGUAUUAUUCAAGUAAAAGCACUUGUGAAGCAAAAAUCCCUGAAAAGGAUUGUAAGUAUAGUCAUAUCCUUGUUCAGAUGCAGGAAAGUUAAAUUUCCACAUAUUUACUUUGAAAUUCUCCAUACACAUAGAGCUGAGAGAUGUGUCAUAGGUUAAUAAUUCCCCUGCCUGAAUUAUAUGUGUAGAUUUUUAGUUAACAGUGCCUCAAGUACUUUUUUGUUUUUGUUUAAAAAGAACCUUUAAGUUCGGUUGCCAUGAAUCAGGUAUAAGCCACUGGAGGAGAAAAUUAAUUCUUUUGUUUGUUUCAUUAUUUUAAAAUAAAUACCAGGCUAUGGCACCCAUUUAUGAUCAGAAUUGAGAGGAAAUGCUCUUCCUGCUGGCUUGUGGGAAUGCUCUGUCCCCCAAGGCCAACAGUAUAUGCUGCCAAUGAGUGAAAGGAACUAAGACUCAAGUCUGCACAGAAAAAGGCCCAACAUGUAUGCUUCAGUUUUGAUCCCAGCUUGACCCUUAAUUUUCCAAACCCUUGCAGAUGGAGAGCUACCUAUUUGGGGAGUGUAAGAUUUUUGAAAUUAACUAUCAACUCAAGGCACAUAGUAUCUUACCUAUAUCUUACCUUCUAAAUAUUUUAAAUAACAGCUUUUCUCAGCCUUCUGUUUUGGCAUCUGUUUCUUAACCCCAACCUUUUAAAUUCAGAAAUACCUAGGAAUUUUAGCCUAAUCUUUGACAACGUGCUUAUCUUUGAAGCAAGGAAAAUCAUAACACAUACCAACCCAACUGGAACAUUUUUAACAAAGUGAUGAAAAGUUAUGUAAUGGAAGAUUUAACUUUCAAGAACACUUUGGCAAAUUGUAAUGCAAUGAUAUACAAAAUCUGCCAGGUACGCAUUGUUCUUUUUUACGUCCUUCUCUGAUUCUUCACAAUAAUUCCUGUCCUGACAUCAACAAACAUAAGGCAGCCUCGGACGUGGGUAGGUUUUCCUUAUUGGCUUAAUACUUUCAAUUCAUAUAGUAAGUUCUCUUAUCUAUCGGCAGAGUCAGGAAGUGGAAAAUUCUGCUUAAUUAAACGUCUUUGUUACUACAGCCAGGUGAAUGCCUAGAUUGUUAGGGCUGGGAGAGUCUUAGGGAUGAGCUUGCCUACUUAAUUUACAGGUGUUGAAAUUGAAACUCUUGCAGGCCUGCAGAUUAGCACUGUGUCCUCAUGUUCCCCAACCAGUGUCCCUUAAAGGACACUAAUUUCCUCUCUUGAUAAACAACACAACAACAUACACCAUGAAAAUGUCACUGGCCAUCAGCAAGUUUCCUUGAGGAUUCGAAGGGCAUGUAAGGCUCCCACAUUGUCACAGAGUCACAGUAAAGAAUAUUUAUGAUUCCAAAAGCCCUCUUAUUCUUUCAAGAUAGGAUGAGGAGAUCAGUUUGCCUUUUAAAACAGCCCCCAGAUAACAUGUUCUAUGUUGAGCAUGACCUGGUUUCCCAGUGGAGAGGUGGAGAAAAUGAUCCUGGUGCAAGUUGCUGGAGAGGGAGAGUUGAUUAGCAUUUGUUUCCUUGAGUAACAACAUAAACCACAAGUGAUUGAGUGCAUCCCUGCUUGGCAUGAAAAAAAUGACUGUCCAUAAACGAUGCCCUUCUCCAUUUCCAGAGCCCUUGUUAGCUUAAGCUGAUUGGGUCUGACCCAUACAGAGCAAACCAGAGGCAAUUUCAAUUACCACACAUUUGUAAAUGUCCUGUCCAGCUCAUUCCGAAGUCCAAAUAGGUGAAUCUGAAUUCACACAAAAAGGAAGAUCUGCAUUCCUCAUCCACAUUUGCCCACACUCAUGAUACGGAUGGUCCCAAAUGUGCCAUAUGACUUAGUGGGCUACAUAUCCCCAACCAGGGCCACUCCUCAAGGUCCAAGACUUCUUCAUUCAACUCAGGCAAAUUAUGCGGUAGAAGCCACAAGGUGAACAUAGAGUCUCAUGGUUUCAUUGGUGGAGGACAGUAAAAAGGAAAGUCACUAGUUUUAUGGCUAUAAUCUCCUCAAUAAGAAAAGAACCAGAAGCUAGUGAGGAUCACUUAGGAACCAUGCAUGUGUGCAUGCAUGUGUGCAUGUGUGUGAGUGUGUGUGUGUGUCUGCGUGCACAUUGGGGUAACAUGGAAUUGGGUUGUGAAAACAUCAGGAAAACAGAUGUUGGAAACAUUGAAAACAAAGCGUACUUGCCAAAUUUGGCCUAGGGAUGGCCUAAGUUUCGUGUUUCUGGGGAAAUUACUAGAUAUAUUUUUAAGGCUGUCUCCAAGUUCAGUGCAAACAUUUACACAUGUCACUCACUAGUGGCAAUUGAGUUGAUCAAUUUCAUAAGUUGUGUUUCUUCUUUGGCUGGAAAAUGUUCUGCAUUUUGCUUACCAUUUUCAAACAAGUAUCAAUGUAUUUGCUUUCUUUCCCUAUGGAUGUCCAGGUAUCCAAAUGGCAGGAGUUCUCUGGAUCUGACCUCAAAAGCUAGGCCUGAAACGAAUAUAUUGUAGGUCUCUCUGGGGUUAGAACCAAAACCUCAUGUUUUUUGUUUUAUUCUUUUUAUUUUUAUUUUCUUACAAAGAAGAGUUUGUAAAACAAAAGGCAAUCUGAAAUCUGGCUGUUGGUCUGAGAACUAACAAGCAAUCUGUUGUGCUAAUCUCAUCGACUGUUGAAUAGAUUUCCAAAGAAAAUGACCCAUGGGGAGUAGGAUGAGGUUAAUUCACAAAAAGCCGGCUUCCUUGGGAUUGUCUGCAUUUCUUCUGAAGGAAAAUGUCUGAAAGAUGCUGGUCUUCUCUCAAAGUCUUUCAUUCCCACAGACAGCCCUGCCAGUUCUUGGGCUCUCUCAGGAGCCAACUGACAAGAGGCAAAUGCGAUGUGAGAAAGGAAGAAGAAAAUCUCGAAAAAGUAUUGCCUGGAGUAAGUCUUUAGGGGGACAAACAGGACUGACUUAAACUGACAUUUUCAGCACUUCACCACUAACAAGACUUUUUAUAUUCACAUGAACUGAGGAAUCCUGUGCAUAAGUCACAGAUAAAGAAUCUCUUAUCAAACAAUUCCACUUUUCCCUAAAGUUAUCAUUUACUUGGCAUAGUGCAAGAUUCUGUUCCCAUCUUCCCUAGUUCUCACAACAUUUAUUAUCGAGUAGAUACUAUCAUUUUUCUAAUUUUGCAGAUGAGGAAACGAAAACUUAGAAAGCAUCCUGCAAGAGCAGAGCCAGGUAGCUAUCUGCAAAGCCCUUUGCUCCACCAGUGUCACAUUGCCUAGUUAUUCCGCAUCCUUUCAUUUUAUGAAGUCUCAUCUUAAGACUCUUGAUAAGUGGAGGAGGAUAGGGAAAGACAUUUUUCUUAAUUUGCACAAGAGGGAAGUGAGGUUCUAAAGAACAAAGCAAGUCUUAGCUCACUCAGCUAGUUAGCAGAGCUUGGUGUUUGGGGAUCACAAUGGUUUAUCCCUUUUUUAUACCCAUCCCUUUAGGCCCAGCCAGCUCUGAAAUCCCACAUACACUUAAGUAAACCAGGCUCCAGGAUGGGGCAGAUGUACAUAUAGUUUUCAAUCAUGGGGAUGAUGACUUUUAUUUCCAGGUUGCUCCUGGGAUGGUGGGGAUGUUGGGGAGGGUGGUGUCACUGGCAGCCACAUCUGCCUUCAGUCUUACCAUUUGCAUGUACACCAGCCAAAUUCCAACUGGCACCUCCUGCAUCCACUUGCCUGAGGGUUUUCUGUGGUCACCACGGCAUAUUUUGCCACUUACAUAGCAGGUUUGGAAUAUUGGCGAGUUGCACCUUCAAGGUGCAAUCGUCAGCCAAUGACUAGUAAGAACUUGGUGUAUAAACACCCAGACCCCUCACUCUGGGAAGCAUAUAUUCUACCCCAUGUUGCAGAGUUUCCCCAGAAGAAUGAAGCUCAACUCAUACAUCAAAAUAAUGGGCUUUGUAAGGCACGAAUUUUUGCUGUCUUUCUUCCCUUGUCUCACUUUUCUACUUCCCUUUUGAUGUUUCCCAAAUAAACUUUUGGGAAACACUUCCUAAAUAAACUCUUUGCAUUCAAAUUUCAUCUCAUUGCCCACUUUGUGGGGAAACCCAACCUAAGUCACCUGAAUAUACCCUACAUCAAUACUUUCCAAACUCGGCUAAUGAUCAGAUAGAUUGAGAAAGACUUUGAAAAAUAUAUAAGUACGAACGUGUUACCCAGAUCUACUGAACUAAAAUCUCUGGAGGUUGGGUUCGGACCUCUGUCUUUCUGUUAAUCUCCCCUCUUCUGAAGGUUUAGUGAUUAGUCAGGAUACCAACACUGACCCAUAAAGCAUCCUGUACUAGAAAUUUUUUCUGGAACAUUGCACUUGGCAAAAUUUUGCUGCCAUUAAAAAAAAAAAAAAAAAAAAAAAAAAGUGAACUCUAUUCCUUCAUGAAGUGAGUGUCAUGUGAACCCAUAAUAAUGCUCCCUGUUUUGCCUUACAUCCUAGGAAUAUCAUAAGCAAAACAAAUUUAUGCUUCAGAUAUACAACCUCACAGCCCAUCUAGCUGUAGCCCAAUUUCCUCUACUUUUGGCUAUUUCAUGUAAGUCAUUAGUUAUUUUGAUUAUUUUAAAUUUGUUAUUUGUAUGUUCCCAUUUUAUUGUAUUUAUUUACCAUCUCUCAAAUCCUUUAUGUAAUGAAACAUGGAAGAAAAUGGCAUUUAUUUGCUGUCUUUUACAUUUCUCCCAAAUUUAUAGAUAGUUCCGAGACUCAUUUAAUAUUCUAUAUUGCUCAAGUUCUGAUUUCUUAUAAUUUGUUUCCUCAAACUUGGUUUCAUGUUCCAGAAAUAUUGGAUAUCCAUUUAUCCUUUGCUGUGAAACUAUGCCUUGAUCACCAAGAUUCAAGAUCAGACACAAGUUCAAGUCUCCCAAUCUCACAGCCCCCCAGUAGCUUUUGCUAAUUUGAUCCUCAUUCACCUUGGAAGGAGGGAGGUAGAGUGGAUGAGAGCAUUAUUUUUCAAAUGAGGGAAUUGAGACCCAGAGAUGCUAAGUUACUUGCCCAAGGUGUUCCCUGGUAAGAGAGCUGGGACUUACAGAAAACUCACUUGACACGAAAGCUCAUGUUCUGUCCACUUCUCAUUUAUGAGGCAUGAACAUCUUGGAGAGGCAUCAGGCACUUGCAAGAAGAAGAGUAAUGCUCUGGCUUGAGCAGCUUCUUGGUUUUCUUUGGAGUGAAAAAGGUCCAUAUUUAUCUCUUUGCUCAGAUUUGGAAGAUUAUCUUAUCACUGUUGCUAUUUUUAUAAGAUAACAAACAAUAUCUUAGUUGUUUUAUUGUUUCAUUUUGUCAAUUUGUGCUUUCCAGCUGAUGCUAUAUAUAAAAUGGGCUGAAUUAUGACAAAAAGUAGUAUGUUGAAUCUCUAAGCCCUAGUGCCUCAGAAUGUGACUGUAUUUUGAAACAGUGCAUUUAAAGAGGUAAGGUAAAAGUGAGGCUAUUGGAGUGGGCCCUAAUCCAAUCUGACUGGUGUCUUAAGAAAGGUGAAUAGGACACAAAGAGAGUCACCAAGGGUGUAUGUGUUCAAAGGCUCAGUGAGAAGUCAGCCAUCUGCAAGUCAAAGAGAGAGGCCUCAGAAGAAAGCAAACAUGCCAACAUCUUGAUCGUGAACUUCUGGCUUCAAGAGAGCUGAGAAAAUGAAUUUCUGGUGUUUAAUCCACGCAGUCUAUGCUAUUUAGUUAUGACAUUCCAGCAAACUACUACACUAUAUUAACCCUUUAUCUCCAAGGAAUUUUGGAAGGUUUUCUUAGUAGAUAAUAUGAGAAAAAUUUAGGUAGUGAAGAUGAUCAAUUAAUGCCAUCCUGUUCUGAGUGCUAUGUGUGUAUCUUUCUGUGUUGCCCUUAGUUUUCAGGGGCAACUUUGCCUUUGAAGCCAAUCUACCUCUGUCUUUUGGAAAUGCCCUGUGCUGAGAAGUAUGUAUCAUACCUCUGAGAAGUGAGAACUUACGUGUAGAUACAUGAGAGAAAACGAGAAAAAAAUGAAUACAUGAUCAGAUCAUGCUGCCUCUAUUUCCAGAAAAUUAUUUUAAAGGGGAAAUAGCCAUAUAUAAUGAAAUAUCUUAAUUGGGAGAAUGAUAUAAUUAUGUGCAUUUAAUUACAUUUGAAUUCUUAUUCUACCCCCCGGCCCAGCUUCAUUAGGAAUUUUCCUCAGAGCUAAAAAUCCCAUAUACCCAUUAAAUUAGUUUUCCUUAAAAAUGGGGAAAAAAAUGCAAAAGCUUUAUUAAUUCCCUUCCAGCAAUUUUCACAGUAGAUUGGCUCUGUUUGCAACUCCAAUGAUCACUUCUGAGAUUGGGAGAUCUAAAAACUCUGACCAGGAUUGUAAAUGAUGGCUCUUGUAUGUUUCCUCUCAAAGAGGAACAAAAACACUGUAAUUAGAAUCGGCUUACCAUUUGGUCAAUGAUACUCACAGUUGGCUCGGCUCCGCUAGCAGGGGCUAUGGUUCUGCCAGUAAGAGACUCAAAAAGACUUCUGCAGGCAAGAAAUUUGGAAGCCAGAGACAGUGGGAAGCCUAUUAGAAAACAGUUCAUUGGGCCAGAGAUUUAGCUACAAUAAGAGACAAGUGCAGAGGGGCCCAAUUAACUCGGUAUUUUAAUUUGCCUUGUGGAGUGGUAAAAAGAAAAAAAAAAAAAAGAAGCUCAGGACUUUUGCUUUUCUUUUAGUUUGCUUACAAAACAAAAGUAACUUCAAUGUUUAAAAAUCGGAGGGUUUAAAAUCAUGUAGAAAAUGAGAGCAAUAUUAAAAGACACUAAGCGAAAUUAUAAAUUAUUCCAAAGCCACUAAGAAGUAAGUAUUCUUUCCUAUUCUGUGCUUUCUUUUAGACCUCUUCUCUCUCCCUGCACAUACAUUUCUAAAAUUUCAUAUAAAAGUGACAUAUUAUGCACAUUGUUUAGAUACAUUUAAUAACUCCCUAUGCCCCUCUCAAUAAUGUUCAGGCCAGACCCCUUUAUGCUGAUAUGGCCCUUCCAUAUCAAUCUUGUCCAGUUUUCUGGAAUAAUCUCUUGUCUCCAUCCUCAUAACCCAUUAGGUUCCUACCUCUCUUAUCUUGAAUUCCUAGAAACAACAACCCUCUAACCCACCACCCCACCCCACUGCAAUUCUUUGAAGAGCUCCAAGCUGAGAUGGGAGUGUGAUCAGCUUUGUAUUUCUGAAAGCUAACUGGCAGCAGCAUUCAGAAUGAAUUGUCAAGAGUGAGAGGAAAAUUGGAUAUAAGUAGCUCAGGUAUUUGUUGCACUAAUUCCUGGUGAACAAAAGCUAGAGGCAUAGACCAGAGUUGUGGCAGUGGAGACACAAAGUAGGUACAUUUGAGAGAUGCUUGGGAGAUGCAAUCAGGCAUGUGUUACAUGCUAUCUAUCUAUCUACCUACCUACCUAUCUAUCUGUCUGUCUAUCAUUAUCAUCAUUUUUGUAGUUAUUGGGCUCUGGCCCUUAAGUUUAAUGAUUAUGAAGUUCAUGAUUAAAAUACAUGGAGUCGAUGAGGUUUUGUAAAACCGGCUUAAUUAUUUUAGCCAGCAACACAGUUUCACUGUCAAGUUCAACCUGAUCUAGCCAAAAAUAGGUUUGAUUUCUACUGUAUCACAGAAUACAUGGUCUUAAAUCUUUUAUAUUGGUUGCCAGAAAAGGAUGGAGUUAAUUUUGUUUGAAGACAUCUUUUAAUGAAGGCUUUAUAUCAAAAACUAUAAUCACUUGUCACCUUGCAAGAAAAUGACUGAGCUCCUGUUAACGUCAUUUAUUACAUUUCUUGUCUAACUUUUGACCCAAGAGUUGUAAUCAGCUGGAAUCUCUGCCCUUCUAGCACCUUCCAAAUCUCCACACAUAUGUGGACCUGUUUCUUGAAAAGCCUAGGUAAUAUCUGAGCUUUUUAUUCAGGAAAUUAGGGUGUGGCAUGCUGUACCUGGAAUUCACCAAAAGAGGUGUCUUUUAAAGGUGGAUGAACACAACUAAAUAUUCUUUUCCAAGCCACUCGGAUGCCAUCCCAUGGAGUCUAAAAGACCAGCAAAAAAUGGCAUAAAGGAUUAAUGCCUGGUUGUCAAAAUAAAAUGAAGUACAUUGUUUUUAAGACUCAAUGUAAUAAAAUGCCCUCUGCGACGCUUUAGUGUUGCAUAAAUUUAACUCUUUAAAAUAAUGAAAAUGAUAACUUUUAGCUAACAACAUUUAUUAAGGAAUUACUGUGUGCCAGGUGUCAUGCUAAGCAUUUUUCAUGCCUUCUUCGAUUACUCUUCACAGCAACCCUCUGAAGUAGAUACUAUUACAAUUCAUAUUUUACAGAUGAAAGAACUGAAGUUCAGAGAGGGUCAUAAACUCCUCUGUGGUCACACCUUCUUCAAGUGGUAGAGCAGGGGGAUGCAGUUCAAGCAUUCUGACUCUAGAGGUAACAUCACCAAGUCACAGCUGUGCAACGCUGCCCCAUGCCAGGAUAAUACACGUCUACAUGUUUUUCAUCAUCAUGAUCAUUAACACUUGGGUUAAUUCAUUUAAGCUUGAGAACGUACAUUAUGUACCAUUAUAAUCUUCCCUGCCCCCAAACUUUUAGUGUCUCACCAGCCUUUCAAAGUUAGUAAGGCAGAAUGGGGACCAUAACCUCAGUCUUCUGACACUCAGAGCUGAUGAGUGUGAUGUAUUAGCAUCGUAUAAUCUAGUUCCAAGUCUGUACUGCCAGUCCUGAAUUUAGCUACUUCCUGUCAUGCAGAAGAGUAGCUGAGCAUUUUACAAAAUAAGGAACAUUGGAUUUGUUAAAGGUAAUUAUUUGUAUGUUUUAACCAUCUACCAUGAUGUGAUAAGAACUCUUGUUCAUCAUAAGUAAUAGACUUGACAAUUUAAUAUUAAUAAGCACAUUCAUGUUUGAUUCUCACCUAUAUUACAGUACACUGCCAGUACUAAGAAUCUGCCAACCAUUUUAAGAUAAAAAGAUCUUACUUAAGACAAUAAAUUAAAAUGCAUCACAUUCUGGGCACAUGCUUUAUUCCAAUUCAUGAAUGCGUACAUUGCUCUUCUCUAUGGAAAAUUGGGUGAUUUAUCUAUAACAUACCGACUUUUCUUUGAGAAAGUAUGCAAUAAAUUUAGUUUCUGGUUCUUCCUAAACAGUGGAGGCAUCUCCCAAACACAACUUUUUUAUUCAUCCCGAAAAAAAUAUAAAAAGUAAGAAAAAUAUCAGCUUUGGGGGUGAAGUAAUCUUGGUGUAAUUUUAAUCUUCUUUUUUGAGGGUUUAGCUUUGCCUAAAUUAAAUAUACUUUAAAGUGGCUUUUCAUAUAGCUAUUUGCCAUGAUUUUAUAUAUAGACAUAGAUAUCAAUAUAGAUUUAGAUAUAUAAAAAGAGGAAUCAGGUGGCAAAAUUUAAAGAGCCAAAAGGAGGAAAACAAAUGUCCCUGCACCAGUACGUUGGGUGCCCUGUAGCAGAUUAGAUCAUAGUCCCAUCGCUUCUUACCCAGUGCCAUGUGAUUUGCAGUACCUCCCACUGGUCAAAAGUAACAGUGUGCUCAUUCAGAGCCGGGGUGUCAAAUAUUUCCACAUACUCUCCUACACUCCUGCUAUUCAUUAUUAGAAGAACAUAUACCAGGUAGCCAUUGAUCUAAGAAGGCUGGUGGGCCCAUGAAACUGACUCCUUGAGUCCCCUGAAGUGGACCACCUAGCAGCUUGAAGCAGAGUCAUCCUUGCUGAUUUUCAGAACAAUGAGCAAGAGAAAUAACUGUUCCCUCUUUUAAGCCACUGAGAUAUUUAGGUUGUUUGUUGUGCAGUAUGAUGGCAGCAACAGUUAACUGCUACAACCCAUAAGAUAACCCAUUAGGUAACCCUACAAGUAUACCUAAAGCAAAGGGAUGAGAAAAAGAGUGACCUAAAAUUUUCUGCCUGCUGCUGUGAGUGAAUGCUCCCCACCAUCAACAGUGGAGAAAUUGAUCCACUGCAUUCUGAGUCCGGAGGGGACAACCACUUUAUUUUAAGAGAAAACACACCACAUGUGUGAUAUGUAUGGAAACAACCUAUGCUCUUCUUUUGUAAAAUUCUCUGGGAAAACCAUUCAUCAAUAGCAAAUGCCCUUGUGUAUUCAAUCUGAUUCUGACAUAAAAAAAUGAAUAAUUGUAGGCAUUAAUAUCAGUUAAUUUUUAGCUCGCUUCUGAAAAUAGCCAUAGAUGACUUUAAUUGAACCAUUCCAAGUCACAUGUCCCCAUUUUAAUCUAAAAGAUCUGCCUGAGAUUGGCAUAAUAACUUCAAAAAUCUCAAGGGAAACAUAAUCCACGGGAAAUAGAAGCUGUUAAGGUUUUGUGAGAUAUUAGCGUCUUCCAUCAGCUGAGCUGCAGUUCAUUGAGAAGAGUAGGCAGCAGGAGCAUCACAAAUCUACACCCCACUUUCUCAUCUACAUUCUGGUGUCAACAUGCAUUGUGAGCUGGAAGCAUGGCCUGGUAUGAUUCACAAGGAAUGCUUUACAAUCUGUGUCACUAUACAUGUCACAACUACAGAGAGAUAGAGAUCCAGGUUUGAAUCGUGGAUUUUCCAUUUAUUAGACAAUUACAUGGGGUGGCUUACAUUCUAUGAACUUCAAUUUCUUCAACUGUAAAAUAAGAGAUAAAAAUAACUCUCUAGUAGAGUUAUUAAGAAGGUUAAAUGAGAUAAUAUAUAGAAAGUACAUAGUAAGGAGACCUCACCUUCUUGGUACUAUAAAGCCUGCCAACCAUAGCCAUUAGUUGUUUGUUCUGUUCCUGAAUACAGACCCUGUGUAACCUUAUAUGAUGUGUGGUAUUUCUCUCCCUGGGGAUGUGAGUCUAUGUGACUAAUAAAUGGUUAUCAAUGUCAUCUGCCCACUAUAAGGUGUUGUAUGUUUAGCCAUCCCUAUAAUUCUUGGGCAAGAACCUGUCUCUUCACAAUGUCUUGAACAGGGUAUGAUCAAAAGAAAUACCUACCACAAUAAAUGGUAAUUGGUGUUAUCAUUUUCAAGGAAUAUAAACCCUAAUAUUGCUUACCAGCCACCCAGAAACACCUUUAGAGUUGCUUCUCUCCAGAGCAGAGGAGUUGCCAGCCUCUGUACUGUCCAGAAGCUGAAAUUUGGAGCCUAGGGAUAUGGAAGAGGAGUGAGAGCCAUAAUGCAGCAAAAAGGGGUGUUUGGCCUACGUGAUUCCUGAUCACUGUGGCCCACAAUAUAAAGAAAACAAAAAUGAAAAGUCCAGUUCCGUAGUCACUACAACUAUCUCAACAUCUCUAGGGUCUCUUAUGCCACUGUGAUCUUAUGGGAUCACCUCAGCAACAUGUCAGUGUCAUUGAGAGUGUAUUCCUGGAAGCUUCCUGGAAGCUUCUUGACCUGUGAGUCCGGAUAUAAACCCAAAAGUAGAUGAGGGGAAACUUGAGUUCAAAAAGGACCUCUGAGGAUUCUUAGAAAGCUACAGAUGGAGACAGUAUAUCCUCAGUUGUUGGUUCCUGCUGCUUCCUGAGGAACACUUCUUCAUGAAGCUUCAGUCAUUACACUAAAUACGAAGUAGGGGUGUAUUGUUCAUUGUAGCCUUCACAGUGCUUAGUAUGAUGCCUCACAUUUAAAGGACUGUCAACAAACUUGUGUUUAAUGAAUUAUUAUUUGAAUGAAUUCAAAAGUGAGAUGAAUUGACUGUAUACUUAGUACAAUAAGAGUAUAAGAAUUGUAAAAUAUGGUCCCUAAAAUUAAGGAAACUGCAGUAUUUUUGAGGAGACAAAACCCCAAAACUAUAUGAAGCAAGGGGAAACUCAGUGCGCACAAGGAUAAUUGUUGGUGGCUCCUUAAAGAAGGUAGAUAAUUGAAUCUGAAAAGAGAAGAAAUUGGGUCAGCUGGGGGUGAGAACAGGGUGAGCAAAUACCUGUGCUUUCCCAUUUAAAAAUACUCUACAUGUUUCUUGCCCCUUAUUUCAAGAAGAAGGAAAGAAACAUGUAGAUAAAUAGGCACAUGUUGCCCUGCAGGAAAUGUCUGUGAGCCUUUCAAAUAAAUUGUCUUUUAUGCAUCAUACUCAAAGUAUGAAAAUUAAAUCAAAGAAUUUCUCAUAAUAAAAGAUAGCAGUUUUGUCCCAGUUACCUUUCUUUUGAACAACAUUAUCAAUGUUUGAAUGUUUCCAUCUAUGAAAUGCAGUGUACCCAGUGUGAUACUAAAAUACAGUGGAUACAAUGUAAAUGAAUUCCCACCUCAGAAAUAAACUCAUGAAAAGUGUCAGUUUUCCCUUGAUGCUCUUAUUCAUUAU